UUUAUAUCAAGGCAUUUUCGGAGCUAAAUUGGCUUAAACUAAAAAAGAUUCCCUUGGCCUUGCAAUAAAUGAAACAUUAUCAACAAAAGUCAUAACUCUCUCUUAAAAAAUUUACAUUCAUGGAGCACCAAUUCUUCUCCUUCCCAAUACUCUUCACCUUCAGUAUCUUUUUGUUGAUGCUGGUGAGACUAGGGAAGAGACUCAGAUCCAGUAAGACUCUAAAUCUACCACCAGGGCCAUGGAAGUUGCCUGUCAUAGGGAGCUUGCACCACCUUGCUGCUGGCCCUCUACCCCAUCAAACAUUAAGAGACAUGGCAAAGAGAUAUGGCUCCUUGACGCAUCUUCAGCUUGGAGAAAUUCCAACCAUCGUAGUUUCUUGCCCACAAACUGCUGCAGAAGUGAUGAGAACCCAUGACAUCAUUUUCGCGAGUAGGCCUUCUCUACUUACUUCAACCAUUUUAACUUACAAUGCAACAGAUGUUGCAUUUGCACCCUACGGAGACUAUUGGAGACAGCUUCGCAAAAUUUGUGUGCUGGAGAUGUUAAGUUUAAAACGGUUGCAAUCGUUCACUCCAAUCAGGGAAGAAGAGGUAUCAAAGCUGGUUAGAGCAAUCUCUUCAAAAGAAGGAUCACCAAUCAACCUUAGUCAGAUGCUAUAUUUCCUCACAUUCGAAAUUGUUUUAAAGACAGCUUUUGGUGGGAAAUGUAAAGAGAGAGAUGAAUUCACAGUACUUUUCAGGGAUGUUUUACGGUUAGGUGCAGGUUUCAAUGUUGCAGAUUUAUUCCCUACACUCAAAUUUCUUGAGUACCUCACUGGAUUAAGGCCUAAACUUGAGAGACUGCACCAAAAACUAGAUAAGAUUUUUGCAAGUGUCAUCAAUGAACAUAAGGCUAGCAAGGGAGUUGAGGGUGAAGCAGAUGAUCUUGUAUAUGUUCUUUUGAAUCUUCAGGAGAAUGGAGACCUUGAAUUUCCUUUAACAACUGACAACAUCAAAGCAGUAAUCAUGGAUCUUUUCAUUGCCGGGAGUGAUACAUCAUUCACCACGCUAGAAUGGGCAAUGUCAGAAAUGCUGAAAAACCCAAGAGUUAUGAAGAAGGCUCAAGCAGAGGUGAGGCAAGUUUUCAAUAGGAAAGGGAAUGUUGAUAGUAGAGGGCUGCAUGAAUUAGAGUAUUUGAAACUUGUCAUCAGUGAAACUUUGAGAUUGCACCCUCCCCUUCCAUUGCUACUUCCAAGAGAGUGCUCACAGGGAUGCAAAAUCAAUGGAUAUGAUAUUCCAGUGAAGUCCAGAGUCAUCAUUAAUGCAUGGGCUAUUGCAAGGAACACGGAGUAUUGGAGUGAAGCUGAGACAUUUUAUCCAGAGAGAUUUGUCAACAGUCCAAUCGACUACAAAGGAGCUAAUUUUGAAUUUAUCCCAUUUGGUGCUGGAAGAAGGAUGUGUCCUGGUAUGUUGUAUGGAAUGGCGAAUGUAGAGUUACCUCUUGCACACUUGCUGUAUCAUUUUGACUGGAAACUUGCUGGUGGGGUAAAGAUGGAAGAUCUUGACAUGGACGAGGUUUUUGGGGCUGUUGUUAGAAGAAAAAAUGAUCUGUGUUUGGUUGCAACACCUUAUUCUUCCCCUAAGUCCUAACAACUAAGUCAAGGAAUGCUGGAGAGAGUCUAUGUUGGUUAGAUCCUGGAUUGCCGCUUUAUUACCAAUUGAUUUUGUAAUAGCCCAAAUUCGCCCUGGCCCGUAUAAUGAAAUAAACAAAAUUUGUAAAUUAAAUAAAUAAA